AUGAAAGUCCUGGUCCUCCCAGCUUUGAUUCCAGACAUCGAACAGGUCUACGAUGUUUACUUCGACGCGUUCACACACGAACACAUGGCAUCUCUGCUGCUGGGGAUCUUGUUUCCCGGCGGGAUCACCCCGGAAUUUCGAAAAGCCCACACCCCAGCCACGAUUGACUGGUGGCAUAAAUGCUCCACGCAGUACACGUACAAAGUGAUCGACGCGGGCAACGAUGGCGAGAUCAUCGGGAUGAUCCUCGCCGAUUGUUUCUUCAAGGAACGCUCCGAGGAGGAACGAGCCUGGCUGGGCAUCCCGUGGCUUCAGGGCGAACAGAGAGAGCGUGCCGAAGCUGUCACGAAGCCGCUGUGGGCGAUGAGGGAGAAGCUUUUUGGUGGUCGGAGAUAUAUUUACGUCCAUGCCAUCGCCAUCAAACCGGAGAGCCAGGGCAAGAAGGCAGGAAUGGCUCUGAUUCUUUGGGCAAUCGAGCUGGCUGAUCGCUCAGACUUGCCAGUCUACAUCGAGUCUUCACCGUCAACGUGGAAGCUGUACACACGAGUAGGCUUCGAAGUGAUCAACGAGAAGCUGGUGCACAGUAAAGAAUUGCUGGGCACGGAGGAGGACAUCGAAGUCCCCCUCAUGGUGAGGAUGCCUUCGUCGGCAAAUGGUAUGAGCUUUGACGAGUGGCGGGCGAAGGGAUACCCGCCUUUUGAAGAAGACUGA